AUAUUACAAACAGCACAGUUUCGGAGUCAACAAGAAUACGGAAGUCAAAAUUAGUAUUUGCACAUUCACUUCCAGUGUUGGUGUUAUCGUAUAUUUCCCCCUUUGUGGGCCCCCAUAAGGCUCAUACCCCCUUCGUAAGUUAGGACCUCGUCUAUUUUACGGCUUACCCCGUGGCAAGACGUUUCUACUUUUCGGCACAUUCUAGAUCUUCUACGUGGCACUGCAGAGGCUGAUAUUCUCAAGUCUGAAGUGGAACAUCAUGGACGUCUUACAAAUGCUGGUUGUCGUUGGACUGACCCUUCUGAAAUUUGUACAGGGAGGUGACUUGAAUAUUACGAAUAAAGUGUAUUUCGACAUCACAAUUGAUGGCGAGGAUGCUGGGCGGAUCGUAUUCGGUCUGUUUGGAGAUACUGUUCCCCUGACAACAGAGAACUUCGUCCAAUUGGCCAGUCACGCUAAUGGUUACGGCUACAAAGGAAGCAAGUUCCACCGUGUGAUUAAAGACUUCAUGAUCCAAGGUGGAGAUUUCUCCGCGGGUGACGGAACCGGAAGUAAGAGUAUUUACGGGAAAUAUUUCGCCGAUGAGAACUUUGAACUUUCCCACGAUGGAGCUGGAUGGGUCAGCAUGGCAAACGCAGGAGUUGACACAAAUGGAUCCCAAUUUUUCAUCACGUGCAAAGCAACCAAAUGGUUGGACGGAAAGCAUGUUGUUUUCGGGAAGAUUCUGGAGGGUAUGAAUGUGGUCAGAAAGAUAGCAAACCUUGACGCCGAUGUGGACGCCCGCGACAAACCUUACUCAGAUGUAAUCAUUUCGGAAUCUGGAGUCAUUGACGUGGACACUCCAUUAGAUGUGGAAACAUGACCUGUUGACUGACAAAUAAUUCUGAACAAAGUAGCACAACUCAAGUUUAAAAUUGUUCUUUUAAAUAAUAUGGGUUUUUAAACAUGGAAGAGACUUGGUCCGAUGAUGUAGAUGUAUUUGAGGCUGGUAGACGUGUAUAUUGGAUAAAGAUCUCGAAAUAAGAAAUAAUAAAAUUAUUGAUUAAUGUAUAAAUACCUCUGUACCUAUAUCAAAAUGUAUCAACGGAAAAAUUUAUUUUGAAGGCCCUUGCUAUUGUUUCAUUGAGAAUAUUUUCAUUUUAUAUUGUUCUUUAGUUUUAUAAUUUUGUUAAUAGUUGUUAAGAAGGAGUUAUCUCCCUUGAAACGUUCGCGAUGGGUAAACCGUCCAUUACAUGGAUAGAUACGAGUGUGCAAAAGAAUGCUGACACAAUUGAUGAUCGCCUGAUAUUAUAGUAGGAGGUAAUAUUUGAACACUUUGAUAAUGAGGUCACUGUGCUGGACACGGAAAUUGUGCAUGUUUUUCAGUCGUAAGAUUAGGAUGUCCCCUAUACGAGGAGGCCUCAGUCGCCAUAAAGGGAAAUAACUCUUGUCGACCUCAAAUCCAGAUUCAAAACUCAUACGUCUUAAAAUGCAUGUUUUCCCAAAUUUUCUAAUUAAAAACGUCUUUAAUUAUUUUUUCUCAGCCACCAGCCUCUUUCUGACUUCCCUAUAUAUAUGUUUUGAUAUCACAGCACAGGAGCAAGCAAAACAAUUUGUUUUUAUUUCAUCCCAUCACUUUACCUACGUACGUACAUCAUUUUACUCAGUGUGUUUCUUUCAAGUACCAAGUAUUUUUACACAAACAUAAUUUAUUGUUGUUACGUAGGUUUUUGUGUACUCGCUAUCUAUCAGAACAGUAAUUUUGACGAGUUGUAUUCAUAUUGUAUUUGUUUUAUUGUUUUAUAUAUGAAGAUAUCGUUUGCAAUAAAAUCAAAUUUUGCUACUUUUAA